UCUUGUUCAAUAUUGCAACAAAUCAAUAAGGUUUAGUUCGAAUCUGUACCUUCAAACUUCUACAAGAUGCAGAAUUCUGAGGAAGCGGUGCUUGAACAAGAACCGCAACCUGAGCUAUCGAUGAUAGCGGUGCCCAUAGCUAUAGCUAAUACAGAGAAUGAAGACAGUGUCCAGCAAUAUGGCAGUGGACAGACAGUGUUUAAGAAGAUAUUCAAGAACCGCAAGAAGGCAUCAAUCAGAAUUCGCAACAAGAAGCGACGACUGAACCGUCAGAUGCGCAAAUCAAUUAAACCCAAGAAUGCUCUUCAAGCACUCAAUGAGAUCAAGAACUUAACCCAAAGUGAUUUUACCGUAAACAAUAAUGUCGAAGGGGGUUACACAGCCAGUGUUACUGUCAAUUCCAACCAGUACGAGGGUAAGGGAAAUUCGAAAACCUCUGCCAAAAUUUCCGCAUGUGAGAAAGCCUUCCGUGACUACAUAAUCUCGAAGAUUACGUCCCAACCCAAGAGCGCGCCGACCACACCACAACCCAAGGACACAAGCGACGAAGAAAUGGCCAAUGUAAUUACCGAAAAUGCAGAAGAGGAAUGUUUCAUGAUAAACUUGGCAUCCUAUGCCAUUUUUAAAUUGUAUUCUGGAUGGCAGCGAGAGGGAUUUACUGUACCCGAAUUGCCUUCUUCUACCCAUUUAGACAAUUGUCAGCCUGGUGAACAAAACGCAGGCUCAAUGCAGGAUUUGCGCUCUCAACUACGCUUCAACUGGGAAACCACAGAACCAGUCAAAUUAUUGUGGGGUAUGCGUCCGGACAUAUCAAACCCUCAUUAUUAUCGCUCUGAUGACAACCAAAACGUGUUCUGGCGUGUCGUGAUCGUUGUGGAUGAUCAGGAGUAUACGGCUUUGGGACGCUCCAAGAAGAUAGCACGUCGCAACGUGGCCAUAACUGUUUGCAACCGAUUGUUUGGCACACAUUUCCCAAAAGUCGAGAUCUAGGAGGGGACGAGCAAAGAUAGUGAAGCCUAAACUUUACACUUAGAUAUCAAACACGCCAAACGUACUCUCAUUUAUGCCAAUAUCAUACGAGUAUAUAAAAAAUCAUCUUAUGUAAUAAUUUAGGUACACAAAACUGUGCUGAUUGUACAUAUACUGCAUAUAUAGUGUGUAUGUAUCCCAACCAAAAAUUGGUGCCAAUUAAAACCAGAACAAUUCACUUUUAA